AUGCCAGGGGGGCUUGGCUAUUCGAAAAGAGAUGAAAAGAAUAAGAGCGAUAAAGAUAAAAAGAAUCACCACAAGGCCCCAAAACAAGGCCUCUUCAAUCAUGGAGUUGGUCAAGAAGCCGAGCAAUUGGCAAAGUUCGUUUGCGACAAAUUCACGCGAUCACGACAGAGAGUUUCGACUCAGCUAUCACGCGUCGGUAGUGUCCCAGAAAAUUUCUUCGCACCUAACGCAUCCCGAUCACAAAGAAUCAAGUUAAACGCGUUCCAAGUCUCCCAACUGCAACAUUCUCUAAGUCGCGGGUGUUGGAGCGAAUAG